AUGUAUGCACAACUUAUUCGUGCGGAAUCAUCCAACAACAACGACCAUACCUAUUCGUUCCUUUUCUCCUCUGUUCAACCUUCUAAAAUCUUGGCAGGAAUUGGACUUGGAACUUGUCUCUAUUUUGGUUAUUCAUGCAUGAAAUAUGUUGUUAAAAAGAUGAUGAGCUAUCCAUCUGCUCCUCAGCUUCAGUCCGAACAAGAUCAACACUCAAUUCAUCAUCAUGAGUUUUACAUUCCAAAAUAUUUCUCAGCAUUCCGUAAUAAUGUUCAAAUGAAUAAUAAUUCACAUCAAAAAGAAUCAUUGAAUUCAUUAAGUGAAAGUAAAUCUCUUCAGGAUGAAAAUUCAUUCAAAAUUCAAUUCAUGAAAGAAAAUUCAUUCGCUUUAUUAUUGACAUGGAAGGGAAAUCAAAUGUUUACUUCGCAUGUUCCUUUUCUAAUUGAAUCCAAUAGUAAUCAUGAUAUUGUAUUGAAAUUUCAUUUAGCAAAAGCAAAUCCUCAUUGUAAAGCGUUAGAAGAAUUUUCCAAGUCGAUAUAUACUGAAGAAUCGAAUCGAUGGAAAUGUAUGGUAUUAUUUACAGGUCCUCACUUUUAUAUUUCUCCUAAAUGGUAUGGAGAUGUACAAGUUCAAAAACGACAAGUGCCAACUUGGAAUUUUACAUCCAUUCAUGCAAUAUGUGAGGAAUGUCAAAUCAUACAUGAUUCCGAUGGAAAGAAGGAAAUUGUUACAGAGCUGACAAAUGUCAACGAAGAAUGGUUGUUAAAGUAUUCAAAAAAUCCAAAUGAGAGUGAUUUGGUACGAUAUGAUUUUUCCAAAGUAGAUGAAAAAUUUUCACAAGUAUUGCUGCAAGAAAUUGUUGGAUUUACGUUGACAGUGAAGGAAUUGAAAGAAAAGUGGAAACUCUCACAAAACAAGUCUCCUCCAAUCAUUCAAAGUGUAGUUGAGGGAUUACAACGAUCGGGAAGUGACUUGGCAAUUCAAACUGCAGAGCUCAUGAGAAAUUACACAACAAAAUGA